ACGUAGCUGUCUUCUUCAUCAUUUCUUUGCUCCAUGAAACAAAUGAAAAAUAAUUUUAAUAUAUAUGGCUCUUCAUUCGGAUUAUUGCUUGUCAUUUAAGUUGAAAUCCUACUCCAUCUCUGCUUGAGCAUCACAUCAGACUUCAGAGUCUCUCCCUAUCUGUAACGACCAUUCGUUCUUUAUAUAUAUAUAUAUAUGUGUGUGUGUGUAUAAAGCAGCCUGGCCAUUCUUUCUCCAUAUUCAAACCAAAGAUUCAACUGAUCUUUUCUUAGUUUCACUAGCUAAUAUAUCAAUUAAUCUCUUUGCCACCCCUUUGAAAUUUCCAAGGAUGGUUGCGAAUGUUGUUGCAUAUCUGAUCGUCUUUACUGCAAUCUCCAGCACCGUUGCAUCCGAUCCUGACAAUCUUCAGGAUGUCUGCGUUGCUCUUCCCUCUUCAGGGAUAAAGGUGAAUGGGUUUGCAUGCAAGGACGAGGCAAACGUUACGGCAGCUGAUUUCUUCUUCGACGGCCUGGCUAAGGCAGGAGUUAUUAACAACUCAGUUGGAUCAAUUGUAACAGCGGGAAACGUGGACAAGAUUCCAGGUCUCAACACGCUGGGGGUGUCACUGGCUCGCAUUGACUACGCACCUGAUGGUGGGCUUAACCCUCCUCACACGCACCCGCGCGCCACAGAGAUUGUAUUCGUUCUUGAAGGCGAAUUGGACGUAGGCUUCAUCACUACAGCAAACAAGCUGGUGUCCAAGAACAUCAAGAAAGGUGAAAUCUUCGUGUUCCCAAAGGCUCUCGUUCAUUUUCAGAAGAACAACGGCGACAAGCCCGCCUCUGUGAUCUCCGCCUUCAAUAGCCAAUUGCCUGGCACCCAAUCCAUUGCUGCAACACUUUUCACGGCAACACCUUCCGUCCCAGACGAUGUGUUGACAAAGGCCUUUCAGGUUGGUACCAAGGAGAUUGAAAAAAUCAAGUCAAAGCUUGCUCCCAAGAAGAAUUAAGUCAAUUCCCUAUGAACAAGUGGUGGUAAUCUGCAUGUGUAUCCCUAGCUAUAUGUGAGUCUUAAUAUGGUAAUCUAUGUAAACUGCGCGCAGACAUUAAUGUCUCAAAAAGAGAUCGAAGGAUAUAUACUUGUAUAACAAUGUGCUAUGCUGUACCUGCAGAAGAAAUAAAAAAAAUAUAUUGUAAUUUAAAACCGAGAGAGUUAACUA